UGGGUUGUUAAAGUAAUUUUGCAUAAUUCAUGUUAAAAUUUGCUCAUUUUAUUUUUAUUUCAUAUUUAAUUUUUCUGAAACAGUUUCAUUGGCUGUGUGAGUAAAGCCGUUGACUAUUAGUAGUUUUAGAACGAAAGAGUAAAAAUUAAAAAGUAAGAGGCAAUCCCGCUAAUUUUAUAUUCAUGUUCGUUUAUUGCACUCAUGUACGAUGCAUGUCUAGGACUUAUUGUUAUACUUUACUUUUUCAUGCUUUAAUGAACCAAAUCAUUUAAAAAUUACUGCAGUUUGCUAAAAUAUGUGUUUUAUUCAUCUAUAUAGAAAUCUAAAUGUUUUUCGCUAUGGGAUAUUUAUUUUUAAACAUGCUAAGUCUCCGAUUGCAAGUAAGUUUGUUACUUUAAUUAUAUAGGUACUGAUUAUGCAAAUUUGCCUAUUUGUUGAACUCGGGUGAAAGGUACCGUUUCAUCCCUUGGUUAACGAUUUGCUAUACUUUAAGCUCCAGUUUAGCUUAUUGUGACGGAAGAGUAACUACGGAACCCUACCCUGAGCAUGGCCCGACAUGCUCUUGACGGUUUAAUAAAUUUUUCUAAAAGUCUUAAUCGUGAACUGGUUAGUUGUGUUUGUUGUAAGUAAAUUUACUGCCAUUUUUCGACACAUAAUUAAAACUUUUAGAACGCGAUUUGACUUUGAUCCUUAUUCUUUCAAUGAUAUGUGUUCAAUUUGUUAAAUAUCAAAAAGUGGCGCCAUAGUGGCGAAACAGUGGCAAUACAAUAGACAACUAUAUUGCUAGUGUCCUCCUCCCCUGCUUUACUCUUUGCAUUGUCUAUAGGCGGGCCGUAGACUAUAGACCGUGCAGAGACAGCUGUCAAACAGUUGCAAAACUUUGCAUGUAUUUCCACGCGCUUUCAUUUGAGGAACGCACCGACAACCGGUGCAUGCUGCAUUAAAUAAAUUUCCAAUUAGCAAUUAUUUCAUAUAAAGUUCUGCAAAACAUCCAUGCAAAGUCACAAGUUCCGAUGGUGACAUCAAACAUGAAAGUCAACAAAAAGUUGUUGCCUGUAAAAGGGCAUUAUUUUCUUUUCAAUGCAGGAACAGCACCCCUUGUCCCUUAUCUCUCCACAUAUGCCCGGCAGCUAGGAUUCUCUUCGGCCACGGUGGGCCUGAUCUACACAAUCCUGCCAAUAUUUGGACUUGUAGCAAAACCUCUUUUUGGAGUUAUUGCUGAUAGAUUUAGGAUACAAAAAUCAAUUUUCAUACUAUUUCAAAUAAUAACUAUUGUGAGCUUCGGCGCCAUAUACCUAAUACCGGAGUCCGAUAGCCUUGCCACCGUGGGUAUUUCCUGCAGUAGUGGAUUAUCUUACCUGCAGAGCCGUUAUCUGGACGAGAAAAUGAUAGAUUGGGAUAAAUUAGAAAAGCUAGGCAAAGAAAACGGUACAGCGGCAUGUCGGAUGACUUGCGACAUGACUUCACCAAAGAUGUGGCAAACGAUAUGCGAACACUGGCACAUACCGCAGUACUGUUACAGUGCCACAGACAGUAUAAACUACACAGCGUACGUGGCUAGCUCUGCUGUGCGGGACAACUGCGCGUAUAUUACGGCUAACAACGUCUCGCUGGAAGGAAAGUUUUACACCCCCCGCUGCAAUAUCGGAAGCGACUACGUGGAUAUAAACGAGCCCUGUAACCUGCAGUGCGACAACGCCGCCCUGUCCGGUGUGAUUGGCAGUCGCACCGCGAACAUGACUUGCGGAAACCAGACUCUUAACUAUAAGCUAUGUGUGAACGAUACCUCGUUGGAGCAGCUGCCUACGAAUGUUAGCAGUAAAUGUGAGGCACAUUGCGACCUAGACUCAACGACCCCAUGGCGUCUCAUGGAGAUCUGCGAUGGUUGGUACGCCGACGACGCCGAAUCCUGCCAACCGAAAACCAGGCAGGGACAGGCGCUGCCAUCCGAACUGUCAUUCACUGGAUACGUUGAACUAGAGACCGCUACGAACGUUAGCAACUACGUUUAUGCCAGGCUUAAAAACGUGACCAUUCCUGACGGUGAUUCGGAGUCGGUACAUUAUCCGUAUUGCGCUUCACACGAGUUAUUCCAGACGUCGUGUAAAAUCAACUGCAAUAACGCUGAGUUGAACGAGUUGUUCCAAGCAGCGACAGAGAGCUACCACACGGGCAGUCAGUACACCAGGCAGUUUUGGAUGUUCUUCGUCCUUAUGGUGCUCAGUUGGGUGGGCAUGGCCGUCGUUGUUACCUUCGCCGAUGCCAUCUGCUUCAAUAUUUUAGGAGUAAAAGUGUCCCAAUACGGCAAGCAGCGACUAUGGGGCUCGGUGGGCUGGGGUAUAUUCUCUUUACUCACUGGCGCCCUCAUAGACGUGUUCAGCGAGGGCGAGUACAAAAACUACGCCGUCGCGUUCGUGCUCAUGUUCGUGUUCAUGCUUGGUGACGUCAUAGUAUCGUGUUUCAUAAAGAUCGAAUCCACAAAAAUGUCAGUGAGCAUUCUUGCCGAUGUCGGGUCCCUGUUAUCCUCUCUACCCACUGUGAUAUUCUUUCUAUGGACCAUAGCCGUCGGUCUCUGCACGGGACUACUGUGGUCGUUUCUGUUCUGGCAUUUGGAGGAUAUUUCGAAGCAAAACGGCAGUGGUUCGGAGUACGACAAGACUCUGCAGGGCCUGGUCAGCGCUAUACAGACGUUUGGAGGAGAGAUACCGUUCAUGUUUGUGUCUGGUUACAUAUUAAAGCGUCUAGGCCAUAUAAACAUGAUGACCCUUGUGCUAUUCGCGUUCGGCGUGCGCUUUAUACUUUACUCGCUGUUGAGCAACGCAUGGUGGGUUCUACCCAUAGAGAUGUUUCAGGGCAUCACCUUCGGCAUGUUCUACCCCACCAUGGCGUCGUACGCUAAGGUCGUAUCGCCGCCCGGCACUGAAACCACUGUACAGGGUCUAACGGGGGCGAUAUUCGAAGGCAUCGGCACUUCUCUCGGCAGUUUCAUCGGCGGCCUCCUCUACGACGAAUACGGGAGUUGGAAGACGUUCCUAUGGUUUGGGAUCGGGUCCCUCGUUUUCUGCGUUGUCCACGUCGUCGUCCAGUGCCUAGUGAGGGACAGAACGGCAGGAUCACCGCAAGGUGGCUACAUGUCCAUCAUAAGAUAUGAGCAGCCUGGAGAUAUGGUUUGUAUAAUGGAGGAUCACCUAGAAGGCAGGGAAAUGCAGUUGCGGUAGUUACAAAAACAUAUUUUUUCUAAAUUAAAACAAAACGAGACUAUUUGACUUAGUGAGUUUUAGAUCGGUCACACCGCUGCUCAAAAGACGUUGGCGCACCGUUUACGUAGCAAAUUUGGUGAAAGAAACGCAAUUCAUAAGUCAGGUUUCUGCGUACAACACGCUGUGUCCAGUUCCGGUGUCCUGUGUCCUUUAUGUGCAAGUUAGUGGUUGUUUAAUACAAUAUUAGAACGAUUUUUUUUUAUGAUAGAUAGGCUUAGUAUGUUGACGGUAUUAGUAAAUUACUUAUCCAAAAAGCGUUAUGUCCUACCUCACACGACUGCAAGAUAAUAGUCAAAAUGAAAACUAGUGUAUGAUUCUCAGUUUUUACAAAAAAAUAAAUUAAUGAACGAAAUCGGACAUCGGUCAUUAAGUUUUUUAAUUUUAAUAAAAAUAUACUUGGAGAAAAAAUAUACAUAAUUAUAUACCAAUAUAUAUUAAUAACACAACAAAAAACAAGUAUGUAAAUCAUAAUAAAAACAUACCUAUAUUGGUGGCGGUUGAAAUUACUAGGUAGGUAUCUUGCAAAAUCUAUUUCAAGGCUAUAUCUAAUAGGUAGACUUAACCAACAGUUCCAAAAUUAUUCAUUUCUUUUUGUUAGGUACGUUGGUUGUGGUGUGGAAUAUUUUUAGUGCAUAAUUAGUUCCUGUGAUUUAAGUAUUUUAAGUACAUAAUUUCCUUAAAUUAUAAAUACCUACAUAUUUAUGAUUUUGUAAAGUUGAUGUAUGUUUACUAUAAGUAAUACUAGGUUAAGAAACAUUGGUGAGUGAGAAUCUUAUUUCUUCGUAAAUAUGUUCCCUUAGGUCUUGGUCUCCGGUGGACGCCGUACAGCGUUACCUUGCAUGGGAGGAUAGCAAUAUAUCCUAUACAUAGAUCGUGACGUACGCUAAAUAUUGUAUAGUUGCAGUCUCUUUAAAAGGGAUUCGGUUGCAAAUUGGUUGCACGUUUUUUGCAAUGAAAUGUGUUAUAUUAAAGUUUAUUUUGAACGAUAGUUCAGUCCAAAGAUAGGUCGAUAGUUGUGUGCAAUAAAUUGCAGCAUUCAUAACAGGCAUAUAAAUUAAGUCACGCAUGUACAAGUGCCUUCUGAUGGUCAAACCCGGAAUAUACAAGUUUGCUGUAAUUGCAUUUGGUGGUGUUGUAUGGCCUCUUAUUAAAUAUUAAGUGCAAAAAUGUAAGUAUAUUUUUAUUUAGAUAUGUUUUAAUUUGAUUAAUUGGGUCGAAUUACUGUGUGUAAUAUAAUGUGGGCACAUAUGUAUUUUUUGUGGUGCCUUAAUAUAUUAUUCUUAUUUGUUUUUUUAUUAGUAUCAGUUUUUACUUUAAUAUCAGUUAAAUAAAAUAUACAGUACGAAUCUUGUUGUUGAUAGGUAGUAAAAUUGCGUCCGUAGAAGAUAUUGAAGCUCGGUGACAUGUUUUUUUUAUAAUAGGUAGAUAGAGUUCUACAAUACAACAGCAACAAUGACUAAACUUGUAGUCAUUAUUACUAUUUUCUUUGACCAACCAUUAUCGUAUUUAUGCGACGGUCUGAAGUCUGACCAACCGAGCCACACACACAUACGAAAGGUUAAUGCACAAAUAAGCUCCGAUGGUCACUUGAGAGUGUUGCUAUAAUAACCUACGUACUUAUUUUUUUAAAAUCAUUAACAUGUGCCUUUAACGGCCCUUUGAUUUCUACAAAAUUAGUAUGAAAACUUACUUUCCUAAGCUAAAAAUGUAUGUAUUAUGGAAACGAAAAGGAACAAUAUUUCCCUAAGAUGGCAUUAAAUAGAGAACUUGCGUGAAUUUACUAUAAAUGUAGAUGUAUGUUAUAUAAAACCUAUGGCUACCCUAAAUUUAAUUCACUCGCUGACGCGAGUUAUGGUGCUCCUUACCUGCGUAAAGUAAUAUAUAUUAUAGCUGAAACUAGGGAAAUGUGUUCAAUGUAGGCACUGGUACUUAAAUUACACAUAUCCAAUAUUAUAUACAUAUAUUUAUAUUUUGAUAUGUACACAUGUUUAUUUAUAGUUGUUAUGUUAUUGAAAUAUGUGUUAUCGAUUGGCUUUUGUUUCCUUGUGCAAUGCUAACGUCAGAACUAGGAAAUGAAUUAACUACAUUUUACCUGUCUUUAUAGACUAAGUAUUGGAAAUUAAACAGGUACAGAGUUACAGUUUCCUUUAUUCUUGAUAUCUUGUUUUGUAUUAAAAAUAAAAUAUACCUAUGUUCAUA